GUGUGCGUUGUCCGUGUAACUCUGUUCGUCUCUUUUCGUCUUUAUAUCCGCCGCUCUCGCGGCCCGUCAUCGCAUGGGAGUCUCUCCACUAUCAGACCCGUUAACAGCAGUCGGCGUCGAGGCACCCGCUCUAACGGCUAACGUCUCUCACAUCCCCGGGCUUCAGCCGGUGCUCCGCCGUUCUCGACCUGUCCCAUCCGGCCGAUGGACUGCACGGAAAUCAGUGUCGCUGACAACCGGAAGCUGCGUCUUCUGUGCCAUACGUAUUUACUGUCGCGAAGUCGGUAGGAGCCGUUCUACAAGGAGCCAUCUACGUGUUGAUAAACGCGCCAACGGUUUCGAGUGCCCGCGAAAGACGUAGACGAAAAAAACUCUUAGUGCUUGUGCUGAAUACGUUAUUAAUUGAUUGACGUUGAUAAUUCUUGAAAGUAUGAAAUCCGCGAACAAAUAGUUCUGAGAAAGAAUUUUUCUGAAAGCAUUUAAUCGCGCGUAUUGCUGUUUAAAAAAAAAAUUUCUUUUCUAAAAAAUCACCGAAGAUACGGUGAUAACAAUUAUCAUCUCUAAAAACGCAUUUUUCUCCUGGAGAACUCUGACAGACCGACGGUCUUAAAAAGACUUUUCUAAAAUUUAUUAAUUUCGUUGAAGAGAUUAAACAAUACUGUGUAUGUUUAUUGUAACCGAGAAAACGUAAGAAUUGUCAGCGUGGCGGAGGAGAAUGCGAAUGUUGUGUGCAGUGACGCGAAAGUUAUAAGAGAGUGAACGGACUCGAGGUCCAGGAUGAUGGAAGUGCAGCAGCAACACUCGCCUGUCGGGGUGGGUCCGCUAGACUUUUCGAGACGAGGGGUUGCCGAAGCAUCGGCGUUUCGAGUUGUCAAGCCCAAGCAACCGGCUUCGUCACUCGUGCAUCAACAGCCGCUGCCGCCGGAAACCAACAACAACGAGAAUCUUCAGGAAAACUCGCAGAUUCCAAUCGAUAGCGAAGGAGGGUGCAAUGUUCGUUUAAUGUUCCCUAGAUUGUGGGCACCUUUCGGAAAUACUACGGAGAUUACGAACCUGCCACCUUUACCAAAAAGUCACUCAGAACGACUAUCGUUUGGAGUAGGUCGUCUGGUCGGCUCUCCAGCGACGAGGAGUCCCUCGCCGUCGCAAUCUCCCUGUCCGGAUUCACCUCCACCCGAGCACCGGGACGCCGAGGUAGACGUCGAUGUCGGUGAGGAGGAAGUCGACGUGGACGUCGAGGAGGUCGGCGACGAUGAUGACCACGAAGGCACCUCGAGUCCUCCGCGAUCGUCGUCGACGCCGUCGCCGUCGCCCAUCAGCAUCGCGACGUCACCCGUUUCGCAUCCGCCGAAAAAAUCCGGUGACAGUUUCAGCGUGUCGGCUCUCCUUAGGCCAGAUCCACCCUCCGCUCACCUGCAGAACGCGUCCCCGCAUCGAGAAACCGCUUCCAUGGGCGCUCAUCCGCCACCACCCGGCUCGUCUAUUCUGUAUCCGCCGUUGCAUCUUCAGGGCGGCCUCCUGCCGCCUCAUCCGCAUCAUCCCCUCUCGUACCUGCAUCCUCAACUAUUGCCGCAUCAUCUUCUGCCGCCGCACCUGCACCCGCUGCUACGCGGCGUUCAUCCGGGUCAUCCGGGACUGCAUUCGACUCACACGGCGCACAGUCUGCAUCAUCCUCAUCCGCUCGGCGACGUCUACAGCUGCGUCAAGUGCGACAAGAUGUUCAGCACGCCGCAUGGGCUCGAGGUGCAUGCAAGGCGAUCACACAACGGCAAACGGCCAUUCGCCUGCGAGUUGUGCAACAAAACCUUCGGUCACGAGAUCAGUCUUACGCAACACAGGGCCGUGCACUCGGCGGAGAAGGUGUUCGAGUGCAAGCAAUGCGGUAAAGCCUUCAAGAGAUCCAGCACGCUCAGCACUCACCUUCUAAUCCACUCGGACACGAGACCGUAUCCCUGCCAGUUCUGCGGUAAGCGAUUCCAUCAGAAGAGCGACAUGAAGAAGCACACUUACAUACACACUGGAGAAAAACCUCAUAAGUGCCAAGUGUGUGGCAAGGCAUUCUCGCAGAGUAGCAACCUGAUCACGCACUCGAGAAAGCACACGGGUUUCAAACCGUUCGCCUGCGAGCUAUGCGGCCGGGCUUUUCAACGAAAGGUCGACCUGAGGAGGCACCGCGAGACCCAGCACGCUGACCUCAACGCGUCGCAUCGACCGCCGAUUGGUUCGAUUCCCGGACAGAAUUCCCUACCCAGUGGAAAUCCACCGAUGAUGCAGUGAAGCUAUGACGAGGCAGCGAUUGAUAAUUAGCUGCCGGUCUCCGGCGUGGCACGACGAUUGCAGAUGAUUGCAAUUAGCGGUCCAUUUCCGCGAAUCAGGCGGUCUGAUCGGAUUGAGGCAGUAACCACUGCGAGAACUGAAAUCAUGAACGAUGAUCGUCAAUGAUGGCGGAGACGUGAUAAAUUAAUCUCAUGGAUAAAAUCAUGAGUGAAGCGAUCGCGGAGUGUAUCGUUGCCGGAUUCUGGCUGAAUGAUAUCAACUUUUUGCACCUUGAAUUAUAUUUAAUAUUUUUUGUUUAACAUAUCCUUCUCACAAUUAAAAAACUGCCUAAGUAAUUUAAAUUCUAAUCUAAAUUUUUACAUAAUUUUAAUUUAAAUCAUUAUAUUAAAAGACUCUAUAUAUAUAUAUAUAUACAGAAUUGAAUCAAUAAUAUAUUAGUUAUUUUAAAAAUCAUUAGAAAGCAAAACGUUAAUAUCAUUCAACCGCAUAUAAUAUUAAAGAUGCAAAAUUGUAUGUAAAUUCAGAUUGUACAAUGGACGCGAAAAUAAUCGGAAUAGUGCAAUUAGAAAGUGAAUUAACGGAACAAUGGAAGGGGGGAAUCUUUAAUAUAUUUUUAUUUUUUUUAUCAAAAAAUCUUUAUUGAUCUUUCGAUCCAAAGAGUGAUCCAUGUAAGUUGAUAUUUAUUCGACUAUUUGUUUCAUUGAAUUUUAUCGUUACGCCAAUAUUUCGAAACUUCAAGGAUUCUUCACUUGUAGAAUAUACAAGGAGAAAAAGUACUGAUGAUUUUUGUUGUGAUUGAAACAUUCCAUGCAAAAGCAUUGCAUUUAUUUCGUUCCUAAAUGAUGAAACGUGUCAGAGAUUGAUUUCUUUAGCAAUUCUUUUAUUCGGGCAAGAGAGCUUUCCAUUAGAAUAAAAAACAAUAAUUUAUUAAUUACAAAGAUGCGUAAAGCGCGUAUAAAAAAAAGAAAAAAUAGGCAAAUGGACGAUCGACUGUUUUGUUACGAAUGAUGGUUAGCACUUUCUACUUUAAUCAACGUCUACCUACUGCUAAUCGAUUACCUGUUACUGUAACUUGUCUUAUUACGUAGAUAUUCUCACGACACGCGGUGUAAUUUUCAAGUUAGUCGGGCAUUUUGCAAAAAUGUAUGUCAUUUUAACACUACAUAGAUAUAUAUCUUAAUAAAAGAUAAUAAAUAAAAAAAACGACACAACAAAAAUCUACUCAAAUAACAUAUUAUUUUCGAUAUCGAAAAAAUUGAUAAUAUUUAAGAGCUGCAUUUUUUGCAAAGUAUAAACAUUGUCCGAGUAGCAUGAUCAUCGAAUGGCGUGUAAGGUGUCAAAGUACGAGAAUCGUACUGUAUUUUGCAUAUCUCCCGCACCUGUCGUUGGAAAAAAGGGGCAAACGCAACCCUAAAAACGUCAAAUACAACCCCUAAAGUUGCAACUGUGACCAAAAAUUGUAAAUAGCACGUAGACAGUAUCACGAAUAGUUUAAGCGUAUAAAUAUAUACAUAUACAAAUAUGGAUAUAAAUAUGAAUGAAUCGAAGCUAUAAAUAUUAUAAAUAGACGCGGACACACAAACACACAUGUGUGCUGCACAAAGUCAUUUCGAUUAAUGGCGGCUCGCUCGUCGUGGCCUCCAUCAAAAAGUUAUUAUAUUCUUCCCUUUUUCUCGCUAUCGAAGUUUUUAUUGUUGUAUCAUUAAUAUCAUUAUGUAAUUAUUGUAAUUAGAGACUCGCUAUUAAUAUUAUUGUCAUUAUUAUUAUUAACAAUAAACGCUGUUACCAUUUGUAAA